UCCUCCUUCCGCCCCUUCGUGUUACAUAGGCAGCGACGGAAGGGGGGAAACAGGAAAGCCAUCCUACCAUUCCUUCGAGCGUCCGAUGCUUCAGUUCUAGUCUAGGCUCUGCAUUUUGGAACACUUGAUAGUUAUGGACCGCCAGAGUUUGCUGCGGAGGCAUGAUCAGGAGGUUGUGAGGCCGAUCUCAAACAAAGGUUCACCUGAAGCUCAUGAGGAAGAAAUGAUUCGAGCUGCUGUAAUAAACCGCUCGGCCAUUGCCACACUUCAACCAAGGAGCGCUUCCACAUUUGAUGUCACUCUUCCAGAAUAUCCUGAUAAGAAGUUUGUCCCAAAUUUUCCACUUGUUAUGAGAGAUGAGCUAACGGAGGAUAAUGACAUGACCCUGAACCCAGGAGGAGUCAGAGAAAAGGCUUGGAGAGACAGUUAUCUGACAGAUCUCCUGAGCAUACAUCUACGCAGGUUAAAUGGGUGCAACUUAUUGGAGCUCUGUAAGGAUGUACUUACUGGAUUAACCCAUAAAAUGACAGAGAGAAGGGCUGCAAAUAUCAUGUUGUUAGCCUGGAACAUGAGACAAUUUGAUAUGGUGUCUCAUGUAUUUCCUGUUAAAAACCUGUGUGCAGCUGCGGCUGACAUAGACAUGAAUACUUUGACAACAAGACCGUUUGGGAGAAGUCGCACUCAUACAGACCCAUAUGUCAGGCCAGAGGGCAUUGAAGAUGAUCUGUAUGUUGCUGCAUGUGCAUACAUAUCGGCCAGUACACUCCGCUUGUUCAGUAAGUCACCUGAGAACUACAUGACUGCAGUUGCUAAGCACAUUCCACAUAUGUUCUACAGAUUUUAUAACAUUGACUUUCCGCUUACCGGGUUUAAGCCAGAUAAGAAAUGCAUUGAGGCCCUAAAACUUAUAUAUGAGACAAAGUCGGCCUACAGGAACACCUUGGCCCCUUUCUUGUAUGAGUUCAAGGGCCUCGGAGAUGCAAAGAGAAUGUGUCAGAUGCUUUAUGAGCAGGACUUGGCUUUUACAGGACUACAUGUUGUAAACUUAUACCUGCGUGCUUGCUUUGGACUACAUGCAUCACUCAUUCAGCUAGGAGCAUGUCUUUGGCAUCAGAUGACGAAGAACACUCUCAUCUCACUGUGCAGAGUCUGCAGAACCUAUGUUGUCAAUCCAUCUGUGGAGAAUUCAAGAGAGACAUGGAAAUAUGCACGGUUAUAUGGCACCGAGUAUUUUCCUCUUCUUAAAUCCGACAAGUGCAAUCUUCUUCUAUGUUGCCUGGCCAUUAUUUGCAAGAAGCUUGAAAUAAGUAAAAAUCAAGAUAUGAUGGUGAUUGCACGGACGAGGAAGGCUGAGUUUAUAUGGAAAAACUCAAACGUUUGGGCAAAUAGGGCGGUGCUCUGGUUCAGAGCAAAUGCUUCACCACACCAUGGCAGAUCACAGGAAGUCUCUUCAAGGAUUUGGGAUGAUGCACCGUCAAAGAAAAGGACGAGGGCUGAUGGGACCCAAGAUACCAGAGUCGCAAAAUCCAGAAAUCGGAAUCUUCAAUAAGUCAUUCGCAGUUGGUGAAUGACUCUUGAGACCUCAUCCAGACAAUGGUUGCGCACAAUCGUAGGUUUUGGGAAAUUAUUCCGUGU